CGGAACUCUCUGAGUACGACGCAAACUGGCGCAAAUUUCAGUUGUACUUGUGUUGUUUUUCCAUUGGCACCUUCGUAAGAUUGAAGUACAAGUGAGGAUGCGGCUUUUCUGCUUCACGAUGUACCGCCGAUAACACAUCGUCCGUGUAUUUUACCAACGUUGUGUCUGCAUAAUACGGUGAAAUAAUGUCGGGAGCUUCUUGCGUGAAAGAUCAAAUCCGGGCUUUCGUUCAUGUUGUAGAGACCCACGACAGGUGUAGCGAUACAGCACACUACGUUGCCGCUUUGAAGGGAAUCGCAUCUAUUCUUGCUGACGGUAUUCCAGCAGACGAGACAGAGUAUACUGUAUUCAGCCAUCUUACGCUCCCCAUUUCAAAACACUUUCCUGCUCUUCUUGAUCAGAUAAAUGAAGAACUUAAGUCAGACUGUGAUGAUUGUUCCGAAGUGCUACGAAGAUUAGAGGAAGCAGUUGCAACAAUUGAGUGUAUGCACUCUUUGGCAAAAGCCGUUUCCUGGGAUACCAUCACCUUUGAAGCUGUACGCGGUAUGCUUCCAACGUUGCUGGAUCUGGCACGGGACAGCUAUUCACACCUAAAGAACAGUGAGGUUGUGUAUGGACGGCACUACUCUCAGCUUGAGGGCAGCCUGAGGAAGCUUUCUGAGUGCACCGUCCACCUGCAAUUUGCUCUCUUAAGUGCAGUGGAAAAGGUAAAACUAGAUAACGAUAAGGAAGAUGAUAUAACGUGGCUGGUGAAAACAUGCGACAGCCUGCAGAACCUUGGGUGUGUCCUAGAGGGGACGGAGAUCAAAAUGCUUCUGUCUGCACGCAAGCUACUUGUGAGGCUCUUACUCCAGUACUGCAGUGCGCUGAAAAAUAAGUUAAAUAUCGAUACCACUGUUGGAAACCUAUGCAGCUACUUGACUGAUUGGAUUCUUAAGCUGAGGAAUUCGCAGUGGGCUAAUGAAGCCGGCUUUGCAGUUGAGCUGCGGGUAGCAACAUUUCACACAAAACUGGUUAUCUCAGUUUUCGACAGAUAUCAAGGAUAUUACGACAGUAGUGCACAGGAUGUAAUCCGAUUGGCAUUACUACUUGCUGGGGUGCCUAUCGUUGUAGCCAAUUCUUCAACACUGAUUGAAGCACAAAAAAGUGCUGUAAUUGAACAGCUUUGGCCUGCAGCUGACCAUGUUGUAGCACAAAAUUUACAUAAUGAAGAUUUUUGCUGCGCUAUCACAAACCUGGAUGUGCCCUCUGAGAGUUGGGGCUGUUAUAUCUUUCUGCUGGUCACAAUCCUGGACAAAUUAAUGGAUGCUGAGGAUGAAACGUAUGACACUUACAUGAAGCUUUCCUGUGGUGAAAAUAUCUUUAGCAAGGUGUUUUUUGCAUUGGAAAAAUGUUGGAAGGAGUUACAGCUUCCCGCUCUUAUCAACUCCGCACAGAGUUCAUGUGAGAGGCCUUCAAGGGACACGGACCUUCUGGAACAUGCCCACGCUUGUAUCUGUCGCUUCAUAGCUACACUUCCGGCAAGACACUUACCUGCUGUUGAGACAAUCCUGCUGAGAAAUGUUCUACACGUGAACAACACACGAGCAUUCCUGGCUACCGAAGUGUGGUGCUGGCUGGGAAGGUACUGCCCACCGCAACUGUGCUUUGAUCAUGCCGUAGUACUUGUCCGAGUGGCACAGGCCACAAGUGGGAUACACUAUCAAAACGUAAAGCAUUUGCUGAAGCGACUAGUUGCUUGCCUUGCAGAGGAAUACAAGGACAGAUUGCGGCAAAUGUUUAUCAAUCCUGGAGAUCUACUUGUUUCAAGUAUCCUUCCACUUCCUCAAAGAACUGAAGAAAUGUGGGCAGAAGCAUUGGCGCUUCUCAACGAGCUUAAUAGCAAAGAAAUUGACGCUUCCGGGCUAAGCCGAUUGGAUUCACUGGUGUCGCAUCUAAAAGACUGCAUUACCUCAAAGAAAGAACCGCUGCCAUUGAAAUUAUUGCUUCAAGUUCUAGGAAGGCUUCCCAUUAUUGAUACCCCCCAGUGCUCCUCUCUAAUGGAAGGACUGAUUUGCCUUGUUACAACACAGAUUCACGUUUCCAGCAACCGAGAUUUGCUGCAGAUCUUGAACACUCUCGAGUAUAUGGUACGAAAGGACGUCCAUUUCGUUCACACGUUGGUUGUCCUGUCGCUCUCUAAAUGGAGCAAUGUCCCUGUUGCAAGAGGGCCCCAGGAGAGAGAGGUGUUAAAUAAGUUAUCGGGACUUUUCGCUCAAGCACUGCUAUCCAAUAAUUUUGUUAUACAGCAUAUCACCCUGCUUGUCUUCACCGAGUUUGCGCGGACGACACAGCAUGACAUCGUAAUAUCUAAAGCCGCUGGGAAUGUACAAAUCAAGCAACUUGUCACCAACUUCAUGACAAAGGCAGAUUUAAGGAAACCUAUUGACUUGCUCGCACUGCUAAUGAAGCAGGAGAAAAUAUUGCUGGAAAGCAGGCACGCUGCUUCAAAACCAGAAUCGUCGUCGUCAUCGAAGCGCCAUCUCACCAACGGGACAAGUACGGUGGACAGUGUGGUCACCCGCUCCAACAAGCGGGCAAAGUACGAAGCGGAGGCCCCUGUGGACAACUGUACUGCGGUACUCAGACAACAUGUAGGGAUACUACUGGAUCAAGACAAAGCCGCACUUCAACCCCACAAGGCAUGCUUAUCAGAUAUUUACAGCCAAUUAGGCACUUUACUGCACAGGCUAUGACAAUCCAUUUGCAACUGAACUUAUUUUAUCGAAAUAUAAUAAAUGUACAUACUCCG